AUGCCUACUCUCAGACUCCAAGACCAAGAUGUCUACUACAGGUGGACUCCCGCCAGCUCCGAGGAGGGAUUCACAUUUCUGUUGAUUCAUGGCUUGGGCUCCUCACACUCAUUCUACGAAACCGUGACACCUCAUUUGGUUGAGAGUGGAUAUUCAUGUCUGGCUCUUGAUACACCAGGAAGCGGGCUCUCCAAAUAUGCUGGUCGGGACAGAAACCCAGGUGAGAUUGCAGGCUUGAUUGUAGCUCUGAUAUCUGAGCUCAAGCUCGAGUCCCACCGCUUCAUUGCCGUUGGUCAUUCUAUGGGUGCGAUGGUAGCAUCUGAAUUGGCCCUUCAAAUUCCACUCAGCGGCGUUGUCCUGAUCGGGCCUGUUCACCCAACACCAGCCCUGGGUGACAUAUUCGCAGCUAGGGUACAAACUAUCCAAGACAAGGGCUUGGAAAGUCUAGCAGACUCGAUCCCUAAGGCCGCCACUGGUUCUCAGUCCACGUCGAGCCACCAUGCGUUUAUCCGUGCUCUGAUUAACUCCCAGAGCCCUGAAGGCUAUAUAUCUUUGUGUCGCACCAUUGCAACCGCUUCCCCUCCAGUAUAUGGCAAAAUCAAGGCUCCUUUGCUCAUACUUGCCGGUGGAGAGGACAAGACAAGUCCGCUAGCGGGCUGUCAGGCGAUCUUAGAUAGUUGGGGAGCAACCAGUAAGAAGAACAUUGAGAUGCUCGAUGGAGUCGGUCAUUGGCAUUGCAUAGAGGCGCCAGAUAGAGUGCAGUUGGCCAUGAGCAAAUUCGCAGGGUCUCUCUCUUAA